CAGCGGGGAUAGCUCAGUUGGGAGAGCGUCAGACUGAAGAUCUGAAGGUCGCGUGUUCGAUCCACGCUCACCGCAUUCUUCUUUUAUUUCUUUUCACAAAGAACGCUGUUUGUCCAGACAAGAUAAUAUGUAUGGAUGGAUAGAAGGAUAUGGAGUUGGAGAUACUUUAAAUCCUUUGGAGUUUGGAGCCAUUUGAUUGGUUUAUUUUUCAACACAGUUCCCCACUUUGGCACUUUUCCCUUCCUCACCACCCAUCUUUUGAUUUUCUUUCAUUUUAUGAUAAAUAUAAAUGUAUGAACUCUCCUUUCCCUUCUUUCUACACACUUCUAGGCUUGCAAAUUGCAAUUUAUCACCUCUUUUGGAAGUCAAGUGAAGAGAUAAUUACCAAUGGCAUCAAUGGUUAGCUCCUCCAGCAGUGUUCUUAGGCCAACCCCAUUUCUAGGACAAAGUAGGGGAUCAAAUGCAAACCCUCUUAGGGAUGUUGUUGCCAUGGGCACUGGGAGAUUUACAAUGAAAAAUGAAUUGUGGUAUGGACCAGACAGAGUCAAGUACUUGGGACCCUUUUCAGCACAGACUCCAUCAUACCUAACUGGAGAAUUUCCAGGAGACUAUGGAUGGGACACUGCUGGACUAUCAGCAGAUCCUGAGGCCUUUGCAAGGAACAGGGCUCUUGAGGUGAUCCAUGGGAGAUGGGCAAUGCUUGGAGCACUAGGUUGCAUCACCCCAGAAGUCUUGGAGAAGUGGGUUAAGGUGGACUUCAAAGAACCAGUCUGGUUCAAGGCUGGUGCUCAAAUCUUCUCAGAAGGUGGCUUGGACUACCUGGGCAACCCCAAUCUUGUUCAUGCUCAAAGCAUUUUAGCAGUCCUGGGCUGUCAAGUCAUCCUCAUGGGGCUGGUUGAAGGUUUCCGGAUUAAUGGCCUUCCUGGAGUGGGAGAGGGAAAUGACCUGUACCCUGGUGGCCAAUACUUCGACCCUCUUGGCCUUGCCGAUGAUCCUGUUACAUUUGCUGAGCUCAAGGUGAAAGAGAUCAAGAACGGCCGGCUAGCCAUGUUCUCCAUGUUUGGAUUCUUUGUCCAAGCUAUUGUCACAGGAAAGGGUCCCUUGGAGAACCUCCUGGACCACCUCGACAACCCUGUUGCCAACAAUGCUUGGGUCUAUGCCACCAAGUUUGUGCCUGGAUCAUAAAUCCACCUCUUAAAUCUCUUUAUUGUAUUAGACUGAAAUCCAUUAAUUGAUGUGUAAAUGGUCCUAGCUGUUGCAGUUAGCAGAGUGGAGAAAUUUCAAUGAUGUUAUCUCUGAGAUCCAACAACUUGUGAUUUUGGUAGCAGUUCUGCUUCCAUAACAUUAAAUUGGUAUUUCUAAU